UAUAACAGAUAUGCUACUUUUGCAAAUUUUCAAUUAUGAAUAAAUAUAUCGAACAUUUUUCUGUAAGCUGUCGUGUCGUCGAUUUCAGCCAUGACUUCUGCAUUUCCCUACAGCGGACCCACGUGUUUAUAAAUUAUAAUGGUAUUUUACAUAAACGUCUUUUGUACUCAUGACUUAUGUUGACAAAGCUUAUCAGAGCCUGUACACAAGUCAGGCGAUUUACCAACAAAAUAAUUAUGAACAGGACGUACGAGAGUGCAAUAAAAGCUCUGAACACACUCCAGUCAAAUUCAUCUGUUUUGAAAGAAGUCAGUCGAAGCAACCAGAUACAUCAAAAUGAUAGAUUUGAAAAAGCCAAAGAGUUCUGUGUAAGAGCAAAAGUUCCCAUUGAUGAACUUGAUAUGUUAAAAGCUAUUCAUGUCAGUGGCACCAAAGGAAAGGGGUCUGUGUGUGCAUUUUGUGACAGGAUUCUGCGUGAACAUGGAUUGAAAACUGGCUUCUAUAGUUCACCACAUUUGGUCGAAGUAAGAGAGAGAAUUCGAAUUGACGGGAAGCUGAUUUCUAAAGAGAAGUUUGCUCAUUAUUUCUGGACAAGCUGGGAUAAUCUACAACAGGCUUGUGCCAAUGACAUGCCAUCUUAUUUUGUAUUUCUUACUAUCAUGUCUUUUUAUAUUUUUUUACAUGAAAAGAUUGAUGUUGCCAUUAUUGAAGUUGGUAUUGGAGGAGCUUAUGAUACCACAAAUAUCCUGAGGAGGCCAUGGGUUUGUGGGGUAACAUUGCUUGGUCGCGAUCAUCUUACUGUCCUUGGAGGAACUACAGAGAGCAUUGCAUGGAAUAAAGCUGGCAUUUUCAAAUGCAGUGUCCCAGCAUUUACAGUACCCCAAGAUGAGAUUUCCAUGAAAGUUUUGUCUCAAAGAGCAAAGGAAUUAAAGGCUCCAUUGAAAGUUGUUCCCAAGAUGUGCGAUUAUCCUGGAGAAAUGAUAACAAAGUUGGGAAUCGAAGGUCAACAUCAGUUUCAAAAUGCUUCACUUGCUGCACAAUUAUGUCACACUUGGUUGCAGCGUAAUUGGGAAGAAAACAACUGUGAAAACAGGAGUAAUGAAAUAUUUAGUGAUACCCCUACAGCCAGUGGCGUCAUAACAGUUGCAGAAACGUUUCCUAUUUCUGGAACCUUUAGAAAUGCGUUAGAAAAAACGUAUUGGCCAGGUAGAUCGCAUUGUAUAUCCCGCGAGAACUACUCAUUGUAUUUGGAUGGAGCGCACACACCAAAAAGUAUCCUUGCUAGUGCAGUAUGGUUUCGUAAGAGAGCAGAUGAAGAAAAAUAUUUACUGAGCCCACGAAAAGUUUUUCGAGUUUUGAUUUUCAAUUGUACCGACCUUGUUCUGUACCAACUGAUCUUCAAGAAAAGUUCAGAUCUGUCAGAUUUCACACACAGUUUGAGUUCCACGCUCAAGCGCUGUCAUGAAAACCACGAAAUCUGGAAACGACUUACAGGUGAGAAAGAUUCGGUGUUAUUGUCACUAAAUGAUUUGGAUAAGAGAUUUCGGACUAUGGCAGUGCCAACUUCGUCUGUGGUUACCUCUGUGUCUGAAGCGUUAAAUUUUGUUCUUGGGGAACGCGAGCUAUCACUGCGCAUCAAUGCGGACAGUUCGCGUAUUUCACCGCGUGCUGAUCACGUGCAAGUCGUUAUAACUGGCAGUCUACAUUUAGUUGGUGCAGCUAUGAAAGUACUGGGACCAAACCUUGUAAAAAUUCAGUGAUUUCAGCAGUAAAUGGCAGCGUAGCCAUCUUGGUCUUUUAAUUCACUAUGUAUAUAUAUUUUCUGCUCCUCAAAGGAAAAUCAUAAAUUUAAAGAAAUUAUUGGAGAAUUUUCUUUUUAAAUAUGCUUUGCCAAACUAAAAGACCAACCUGGCUUCGACUUUUUUUCUCAUUAGUAUAAAUUAUACUUGGACAUAUAUAUGGGGUUACACAGUGCCUAAAACUAUGAAAGUUCACAGUACAAAGGAAAGAAUAUCUAUGACAACGUUGAUGUAUUAAAUUAUAUAUAAAAAUUUA